AUGCCGUGCCGUCUUACAGUCCAGCGGCCUACGCCGACGACCGUCAGCUUUACCGUUUCGAAUGCGACGCGGCGAUCCAGUUCCCCCGCGAAGAUCCUCUUUGGUCUUCAGAUCCUGCUGCGAGCAUUGCUCUUUUGCUGUGUGAUCGUAGUAGGGAUCACACGGCUACGACGCCAUUUCUUCGACAAGGGAAGCUUGUUUAUCAUUUCAUGGGAAGAUGUAUGGUCAAGCACUCUCGGAUCGCAUGUCUGCCGCAAGGUGGACUCAUACAACCCCUGGGUGAUUGCUGUCGUCAGCGCCUUGGUGUUAUACGGAGUCUUCAAGAGGGGCUACACUGAGGAAUCGCUUCUGGUCAUUCGUGGCUUUGGAAUCCAGACUUCCACAUCCUCCUCUACCUAUCUCUCUACAGCUGCGACACGAUUUAUUCCUACGACGCAGAUUCAGGACAUUGUGAUCCACGAGGCCUUCAAAGGAUUCGAGGUCCGGUUUUAUCUGGCCGUCAUUGUGGAGGGGGAGCCCGGUGUCUUGGUGGUCUUUCCUAAAAUGCUGCCCAAACGAGAAAUUUUGGAGGAAGUGUGGAGAGGCUCUCGCCGCUGUCUUUACGAUGCGAAGUCAUGA